UGUGAAAUUGCAUCUGCUAUUAUGAGAGGAGUGAGUAUGCACGUAUUUUAAAGUCGCGUGCUGAAAGUUUUUACUGUGUUAUCUUCAAUUUUUUGUUGUGUAACUUGGUGUUUGCAAAAAGUUGCAGUGAAUAUUUUUCCCGUUAAAGGCGGUUCCCCGGUCUGGUCUGGGCCAUAAAACGAAAUUCGAAUUACAGUUGAACUAGUGUAAUUCGAAUAUUACAAGGUUGGAAUUUUAUUCUCAAUUCGGAUCCCGAGAUUCGAAUGUUUUUACAAUCACAAUCAAACAAAGACGAUUUGACGGAAUGAAACAAUCUUCUGAUUUUUUUCUAAAAAAUUUAAACACUAAAUUUAAUUGCUAAAAAAAAUUUUCUGAUAAAACUCGUGGAAUUUACUUUUAAGUAGUGUGAACCUAUGCAUUUGGGUUAUGAUUGGAUGCGAUAUUCUCAACCUUGUUGGUUACAUAAAAUGAUAAAAUAACCAAAAGAACAGAUUUAAUAAAUAUUGUAUUUUUAUGAUGACACAUUUACGAGUAAAAGUCGAGCUGGCUGUAUUCACAUGGACUGGUCGUAUUGUUAUUCAUUUCAUUCAAGUUGCUGUUAUGAAUAGCUUUCGUGACCACGUGAUAUAAACUUCGUCACCCAAUUUUGCUCAUUCACCUGCAAACAUAAAUCAUUCAUGUUGUUACUAAGUCAGCAAUUAAAAAAUAAUGUGAUUUGUUAGUGUAGAUGAAAUAAACGUUUUACCAACAUUAGAGAGGAUGUAAUGUUUGCUGUAACGUGUUCGCGAUAAAUAAACAUGAACUUCUGGCGGGAGAAGAGUAUGAAGGAUGAUAUUUUGGAGUUUUACAAACUGUACGAUCCUUUGAAUUUACAAGAAAUUCGUCGCGCGAGUGCUUGUUCGAGUAUAAUUGAAGAUAUAAACAAUAUUUACAAUCUCUCAACACCGUCGAAACUUAAAGCUACUGUUGUGCCCAAUAUUGCAGCAGGCGAUGAAGUUGGUGAAGAUAUGGCAAGUGAGGAGGAGGAGGGUGAGAAUUGUGAAGAGGAGGAGAGCACAUCUUGUUUGAAGGUGUUGAGAAAAAAACGAUGUUGGAAUCCGUUGGUGAGAGUGUUUAAAUUUGUAAUUCACUUCGCUGUUGUGAUGCUGGUGUUAUUUCUUGGUGCUGUUGUGUUCGCGCGAAUUGAAGAUCGCAUCGGAUACGAUCACGACAACACCGCAUGGCAUCUCAUCUCGUCGUAUGCGAAGCAACAGGAGAACGGAGCGCAAGUGGAACUUGAGAACGGAAAACUACCCAAAAACUAUUCGUAUAAAAGUGACAAUUUCUGUAACGGCAACGCGACAGUGUUUUGGUGGUUCGUUGAAAACAAGUUUAAUAUCUCUCUGAGUGAAAAAGAUAAACUGGUGUUUUUAGAGUCCACUGCGUACUUUCUAGACACUGUAGCGGAACGUGAAGAAAUGUUGGUCGAGGAGAUUAAAAUACGCGAUCGUCAGUUUGUUUUUACGAAAUGGUUUUACUUCAUGACUAUUGCUACCACGACGAUAGGUUACGGUGAUGUGUAUCCGAAAACGGGAAACGGGAAGUUCUUUUACAUGGUGUUUUCAGUAAUCGGGAUCCCAUUAAUGAUGACGUUGUUGAAAUCGACAGGUGAAAUGUUAACGAUGAUCAAUAAGAACUUUUUUCACAUUAUCAACCAAUAUUUAUGCAAAAAUAAAAAACCGGUGAGCGAUGAAUUAUUAUCUGCUAUUUUUAUUGUUAGCAUGUUCAUAAUCUAUCUUGCGAUUGGUUGUCUGUUUACAUCGGCGAAAGACAGCCUCUCUCUGAUAGACAGUGUUUAUUUUUGGGUGGUAACCUUUACCACGGUCGGUUUGGGUGACAUCGUGCAGCCCCUGGAAACCCAGGUUAAUUACAUUGUCCCUUUAGUGUUGUACAGGACGUUUGGGUUGGCUUUGUUAGCUGGUGUUAUUGACUCUAUUUUGGAUUAUAUGCGUGCUAGAAGGGAUGCGAUUUUGUUGAAUGAUCGAGUCCAAAGAGAAAGGAAAGUACUGCAGACGUUGUUGAAUGGUAAAAUGAACUCUGUAAAGCAAGAUGUGUUGGCAAAGUCAAGGAAAGUGUAUCGAACCAUAAGUGGUUUUAAUCGCAGCACUGUACAUAUGCGUAACUAUGGCAACAAAGUUACAUCACCUUCGAAUAAAUUGUGAAAUAGUUCGAACUGAGUGUACAAUUUUGGUUGUAUAGGGGGCUACGCAAAAAGGUGAUUAAACAUGCAGUUGAGUUUGUUAUGGGGACAAGUUUUCAACUAUGAAACAUGUGAACUGGCUAAUGUUUUUUUAAUACGUUGUGUUGAUAUUUUAUUUUUAAAUAUUUUUUUUAAAGAAAA